AUGGACGUCUUCCGCGCGCUGCCGCUGCCUGCGCCCGAUGCCGAGGCCGACAGCUCCAAGCGCCUUCUGCAAGUGAUAACCGAGUUCAGUGCACGCUACGGCCGACAACCCACUGGCGUCGCGCGCGCUCCUGGUCGUGUGAAUCUCAUUGGUGAGCACGUGGACUACGAAGGUUACGCGGUGCUGCCCAUGGCCAUCGAGCAGAGCGUCUACGUGGCUUUCAGCACAGUAGCAAAGAAGGAUAAAAGUGGUGGAGGGGUGAAGACUCUAAGUGUGGCGAACGCUAAGCCACAAUACAAAGCUGUUACGUUGUCUUUGGAGGCGAAAGAGCAGGACAACAUGCAGAAGCUCGAGCAGGAAGGCGCCACUUGGGCCAAAUACGUGUUGUGCGGAGUCUUGGGGGUUCAAGACGCGUAUUCUGAGCUGUUUAAUGGUGAAGAGGGAGAUAUCCAGAUGCUGGUGGAUGGAGAUAUCCCUGCUGGUUGCGGCCUCUCCAGCUCCAGUGCGCUCGUCGUGGCGGCCGCGCUGGCCACGAACAGUGCCUUGAGCACGCCGGGGCGAGAUUUAUUACGACGAAGUGAACUGGCGGAACUAUGUAGACGUGCAGAGCAUCGAGUGGGUACGAUGGGAGGAGGAAUGGACCAGGCAGUGUCAUGUCUGGCGCAGCGCGGCGUUGCACUGCAUCUUGACUUCUCGAGUGUACCAACGCGUAGUAACCCCGUGGCUGUGCCUAACGAUGCUGCUGGAGUGACCUUCGUCGUUGCGAACAGUCUGGUUGUCGCGGAAAAAGCUGUUGAUGCAGCAACUCGAUAUAACAAGCGCGUGGUAGAAUGCGCCUUAGCUGCAAAAAUGAUUGGAAAGAAAGCGGGCAUUGAGAAGUGGGGGGAGAUAAAUCGUUUAGUGGAUCUUCAAAAGGCGCUGGAGAAUACUGAAGGGGAGAGUGUUACCUACUGGAGACUACAAGAGCUGGCAUCAACGUUGUGCCCGCUCGAGGAAUACUCAAUUCACCACCUCGAGGCUGAGCUUGAAGAACCACUUGCUGGGCUUUUUGUCGGAUCUUCGCUGGAAAAAUCGUUUCAGCAACAUCGUUUAAGCUGCGGCAGCGUGCUUUGCAUGUCUGGAGCGAGGCAGAGCAUGUGGAGGAUUUUCGAGCAAAAUGUGCAUUGCUAG